CGUCCUGCAGGUCUGAUGUGGUUUCUGUGUCUGUCCAGGGGCUUCAUGAAGGAGGCGGAGGAGAUCGGAGCCAGCCGUCGGAUGAACAGCCUGACGCUGAACCGCCACACCGAGAUCCUGGAGAUCCUGGAGAUCCCUCAGCUCAUGGACACCUGCGUCAGAAACGGAUACUACGAGGAAGCUCUGGAGCUGGCGGCGUACGUCAAGAGGCUGGAGAAGAAACACUCGUCACUGCCGGUGAUCCAGGGAAUCGUGCGUGAAGUGCGUCAGUCGACUCAGCUGAUGCUCAACCAGCUGUUGCAGCAGCUGCGCAGCAACUCGCAGCUUCCUGUCUGCCUGCGUGUAAUUGGUUACCUGCGCAGGAUGGACGUGUUCACGGAGGCGGAGCUGCGGGUGAAGUUCCUGCAGGCGCGCGGCACCUGGCUGCACUCCAUCCUCGCCGCCGUCCCCGAAGACGACCCAUACUUCCACAUCACCAAAACAAUUGAGGCGUGCAGAGUCCACCUGUUCGACAUCAUCACCCAGUACCGUGCCAUCUUCUCCGACGAGGACCCGCUGGUGCCCCCCGCCGGCGGGCAGGUUGCGGUGAACGAGGGCGCCAUCUUCCACUGCUGGGUGGUGCAGAAGGUGGCGGAGUUCCUGGAGACUUUAGAGAGGGACCUGCAGCGGGGUGUGGGGGGCCGUCUGGACUCCCUGCUGGGUCAGUGCAUGUACUUCGGCUUGUCCUUCAGCAGGGUGGGGGCGGAUUUCCGCGGGCAGCUGGCGCCGAUGUUCCAGCGCGUGGCGGUGGAGACGUUCAGAAGAGCCGUGCAGGACGGCGUGGACAAGUUCCAGGAGGACAUGAACCUGUACACGCUGAUCACCCUGCCCUCUGUGCUGGGAGGGACCAUCCCCCCCGUGGCCCCCAGCACCCAGCCCGGCACCCUGCAGCCCCCCAUGUCACUGCUGGACUUCCAGCCGCUCGCCUGCUUCCUCAACAACAUCCUGACGGCCUUCAACGACCUGCGGCUCUGCUGCCCGCUCGGCCUCGCCCAGGACGUCACCAGGUGUCUGGAGGACGCUCUGAAGAUGGUGACCCGUCAGAUCCUGGUCUUCCACCGGGCCGAGGAGUCGGCGUUCAGCAGUAGAGAGAAGGAGCUGUUUGUUCAGUUCUGCUGCUCGUACGCUGAAGACCUGCUGCCGUUCCUGAACCGCUGCCUGCAGGUUCUGUUUCCUCCGGCUCAGAUCGCUCUCAUCCUGGGUGUUCCUCCGACUCACCUGCACAGGUACGACAGUCUGGGCUGCAUCGACCUCGGCGCCGUCCUCGAGCCUCUGGACUUUGUGCUUCCUCAGAGAGAGACAUUAGCUCCGCCCCCAGAGCCCGAGGUCGAUAUCGCCGGCGAACUGGGCAGCCUGACGUUUGACACGCAACUUAAAGACCCAAUAACAGAUCCAGACCCAAAACUGACCCGGUCCGGUCCCAGAGACCCCGGGUCUGAGCCGGGUCCCGGACUGACGGAGCCGAAGUCUGAGGAUCCAGACGAUGAGACGAUGCAGGACGAGGAGUUUUCUCUGGAGUGACAGACGCUGAGGCGGAAACAAGACUCUGGGUUUAAAGGUUUAAAGGUGUGAAACGGGUCUCUGGGUUCUGGGUCGGACUCAAAGACGGGGUUCCAGAAUCACUCUGGGACCUGGUGACGGACGCUUUUAUUUUUAUGGACUGAAUAAUAAAUUAAACAUUUUGUCUGUGAGGAAAAUAUUCUGUUUAAUGGUCAAACUGUCUCAGAGUUUCAGGCGGAGCUGAAGUGACUCACUGAAACGUUUAUGGACAGAAAAUGAAUCUGAUCAGUUUGAUAAUUGAUUAAAGUUUUUCUGGAGGAAUAUCUGAGCUGUUUACUGCUGAGACCAGGUUUAAACCCUGUGAACGUCUCUGUUGAAGCUCUUUGAGCUGCGACAGGUGAGUGUUUACAGGUGAGAUAUUUCUAAUGACAUCAGAGCAGAUUCGUCUGGUUCCUGCUUCUCUGACGUGACGACUUGUUUCUCUGCUUGGAUCAAGACGUCACAGCAGCUUUCAGAGAAUCACAGUCAGAACCUUUAAGUAAAACUAUUGAUUGAUAUCAUCUGCACAACAAUCAAAAAUAAUUGAUCUGCAGCCUGUGAUCAGGUGAAGUGUGAAAGAUGAAUAAUAUUUAGAAUAAUUCAAUUUAAAAUCUGACAAACUGAAACAUACGCCAAGUCGAGUCAUUAAGUCUGAAUGAGGUAAAUGAACAGAAAGGUGAGUGAUCACCGACCUGCUGCAGGUAAACACAGGUUUAAAGGUCACUACAGGUCACAUGUGUGUCACCUGUGUUCAGGUGAACACCAUGACUGAGAAACUUUCACACCUUCCAGUUCCUUCAUGGAAACACACGGGAGCGGGACGCAACCAGUUUCAUCUUUAUUUAGCCUAGCUUAGCAUAAAGACUGGAAGCGGGGGGAAACUGUUAGCAUAGCUCCAUCAGUAGAUUCCUUCGUCU